AUGGAAGUUGAAAUUAUUGGCAAAGAUUGCAUUAAACCCUCUUCACCGACACCCGCUCAUCAGAAAACCUACAAUAUUUCUCUAUUAGAUCAAUUCAUGGCCUUUGUUUAUGCUCAUAUGAUCCUUUACUAUUCCAACCCGGUUGCUUCCAAUAAAACAUUACUCCUAAAACAAUCAUUAUCUCAAACCUUAACACUAUUUUAUCCACUUGCAGGCAAGAUUAGAGAUGAUCUUUCCAUUGAAUGUAAUGAUGAAGGAGUUUUAUACUUAGAAGCUAGGGCAACCAUUUCUCUCUCAGAGUUUCUCAAACACCAUCAUAUCACAUCACUUCAUCAAUUCUUACCUCAUAAAUCUUUCUUACAGUCGCCAUGUCCGGGUUCUUACAUUACCAUGAUUCAAGAAACAACCUUUUCUUGCGGCGGCUUCGUCAUCGGAAUCAAUGUUCUACACUUGGUUAUGGACGGUUGUGGUUUAGCUUCAUUUCUAAAAGCUUGGGGAGCCCGUGCCAGAGCUUCUGGUGAAUCUGAUGAGAAGAUGAUGAUGAUGAUGAUCCCCAGUUUUCAUGGGCCAUCUAUUUUUCCAAAAUGUAACGAUUUUUCAGAAGAUGCAACUGUGGGGAGUUUAUUGAGCCAUUUUAUGAGAUUUGAGAAAAUGCAUGCAGCAAGAUUUGUAUUUGAUGGAUCUGCAAUUGUUAACCUUGUAGAACAAGCAACAAACUCGGGUGUGAAAAACCCUACUCGUGUCGAAGUCGUGUCUGCACUUCUUGCCAAGAGCCUAAUGGCUGCUUUCAACUCUAAAUCCGGUAAUAAUAAUAAUAAUUCAUUAGCAAUCAAUCAUGCUGUUAAUGUUCGGCGGAGAAUGGUUCCGCCAUUCCCCGAAUGUUCAAUGGGGAACUUCAUAUGCUACGCAGAUAUAUUAUUAUCCGACGGAACACAGUUAGUCUGCAAAUUCAAAGAAGCAAUUACGAAGAUCGAUAGCAAUUAUGUGAAGGACAUACAAGGCGACGACGGAUUCAUAAAGCUCUACGACAAGAUUCAAGAAAUGAAGUCCGCAUUGUGUAAUAAUAGUACUACUGUGGAUUAUGUUAUGUUCAGCAGUUGGUGUGGUUUCGGUCAUUACGAGGUCGAUUUUGGAUGGGGAAAGCCUGUGUGGACAAGCUGUGCGGGAUCUUAUGGAAAUAUGGAAACUCAUUUUAUAAAUCAUGUAGUUCUGAUGGAUGCAAGAACUGGAAAUGACGGAAUUGAAGCAUGGGUAGUUUUAGAUGAAAAAAGCAUAGGUGUACUUGAGAGAGACCAACAACUUUUAAAAUAUGCUCGUCUUAAUCCAACUCCUUUGUUUAAUUAG